ACCACACUGCCAUGCUGUGGAGCAUCGAGACGGGAAAGUGCCUCCUCAAAUAUCUGGGCCAUCAAGGAUCAGUCAACUCCAUAAAGUUUCACCCCACUGAACAGAUGGCUCUAACAGCCUCUGGAGAUCAGACGGCUCACAUCUGGAGGUACAUGGUGCAGCUGCCGACCCCCCAGCCCGUCGCUGACAUCAGCCAGACGCCCUGCGAAGACGACGUGGACUUCUCGGAUAAAGACGACGCCGACGGCGAGGUGGAGGGUCCCAUCGACUGCCCCUCCAUCCGCGUGGCAACCACGACGCUGCGCAGCCACCAGGGCGUGGUGAUCGCCGCCGACUGGCUGGUGGGGGGCAAACAGGCGGUGACGGCCUCCUGGGAUCGAGCCGCCAACCUUUACGACGUGGAGACCUCAGAGCUGGUUCACUCGCUCACUGGCCACGAUCAGGAGCUGACCCACUGCUGCACCCACCCCAACCAGCGCCUGGUGGUCACUUCAUCCAGAGACACCACCUUCAGACUGUGGGACUUCAGAGACCCGUCCAUCCACUCCGUCAAUGUGUUCCAGGGACACACUGACACGGUGACGUCGGCCGUUUUCACCGUGGGAGACAAUGUGGUGUCCGGCAGCGACGAUCGGACCGUCAAAGUGUGGGACCUGAAGAACAUGAGGUCGCCCAUCGCAACCAUCCGCACCGACUCCGCCGUCAACAGGGUCAUCGUCGCAUGGUUUGCUGCUCCGCCUGGUGUGAGGACAACACCACCUGCAACCUGUUCACCUGUGGCUUCGACCGGCAGGCCAUCGGCUGGAACAUCAACAUCCCGGCUCUGCUGCAGGAGAAGUGACCUCCUCUCACAUCAGGUCCAGUCAAACAGAAACAGACGGAGGAGGGGUUUAGUUUUUCACGUUUCAGUCUGUAGCACCCUCCGAGUCACCGCCGUCUAAUAUUCCUCUAAGGUGGAAGUGACUCAUCGCUGUCCAAAAGAUGAAAUAUUUAACUCCAUCGUUAAAACGAAGCACAGAGACGAAGCUCUCCAUGCUGAGAGCUGAUGUUUAGCUGAAGACUGUGCUGCAGGUUCAAAUCUCCCGUGCCACUAACAGCAGAUUUGUCUUUGCACAAAGUCUCAAUAUUUUGUUUUUGCUGUUUUGUACAUUUCAGAAGUUAAUCUGCAGUAACUGGUUCUAAAACGAAACACUGAUCUGUCCCGGAUCAGUUCUCUCAUUAUUGUUUCAUCCUGAUGUUUGAUGCACUUUUUAUUUUAAUUGUUUUUAUAGAACAGCUGACCCUUUAUUUCAGUCUCAAACUUUCACCAGUUUCAAGCUUCACCUCACAUUUAAGUGAACCUUAAAGCACAUUUAGRUAUUAGUGAUGCAGCUGUGAGGAUGAGGAGGCUUCGUUUAGAUUUGUUUUAAAGGGAAACCGCUCCUGCUGUUGUUGUACUCGAUGAUUGUAAAAACUUUUGCUCGUGUCGUUGAGGAUUCUCGUCACGUCUGUUCUGGUUCUUCCAAACGAGUCCGAUCUCUGAGGAGUGUUUCUUUUUCCCCACCGCUGCCUCGGAAACACUCGGCCAAAGAUGCGUUUGAGGAAACGGGAGAUUCUGUAACUCUGUGUUUGUGUGUUAGAAAGGCUUUUAUCGGAGCAGAGUUUGUUCAGAUUCAAUGUUUCGUGUUGUGAUCACGCUCGGCUGCAGUUUGUGUGAAGCAACGAGCACUGAUUGUAAAUCCAGCUUCAGAUCUGUAGAASCUGUUUGUUUGACACCAGAACAUUUCCUGUGUUGUUCCACAGCUCUGCUUUGGAGACUGAAAAAAGUAGAAUAUUUUGAAUUUUCUUUAAAAGUGUUAACGUUUGUCUGAUAAACUGUAAUAUAUGAAAGUUUGGUCGAAUAGUUCAGGUCUUUAUAACUCCAUGACUUUUAUUUUGAUUUUAAUUUCACUGAGUUCCUUCACAAUAAGAUUUGAAAGAUUUUUUAUUUUCAGAAAACUAAAAACAUUAAUGAUGGGUGACAGAUGAGGAGCUUUUUUGUUAUUCAGUAAAGUUUAAUUCAAGAAAAUUUAAAAAAAAAUCAAGUUUAAGGAAAAAAAAUCAGAAGUUAUGAACAAAUAGUAAACAUUGGGCUGCGUUUUCUUUUUAAUUUGACAAAAACACACGAACACACUGGAUUCCUCUGCACUCGAGCCUCUUUCUUCCAUGUUUGGCCUCACCUCUUCACCAUCAGUCACUAAAUAACCAUCAUUCAGCCUCAGCUGUCUAAAAUCUUGAAGCUUGGUGAAAAUGUGUUUUCUGGUCAAUGUAGAAAAACAAACAUCUGUUCUAAAAAAAGACCACAGAUUUGUGGAUCAUCGCUGUAACGAGACACAAGAAGCUGCUUGUGCUAUAAAUAAACCAUUUCUGUUGAAAUGUU